CGGAAAAAAAAAUAUUUUUUUUGGUACCAAAAAUGAAAUUAGCCUGUUCUAAAAGUUGAAAAGUGAGCGCCGUCAGGAACGCGCUCUUUACAGCCCACCAAUACCAUAAACCUCACUUUUUCCCUUACAAGACGAAUUAAGCAGACAUACCAGGGGAUUUGUAAAAGUUAUUCAAUAAAAAAGAGGUUUCAUCUAUUUUUCCUGAAAAAGGGCCUCAGACACUUUUGUUGAGGGCAAAACUUCAAUUAGUAUUAAAGAGUGUAUAAAAAAACUGCAAGAUAAAUCAUGUCCGAAUACCAUAUUGAUGCAAACGUUUUUCACAAACGUUUAAAUUUGCUACUUUCUUCCUGGAAAGAGGCUUCAGACGCAAAUGAGCUUUUCCAAGGAUGUGAAAGUAUUUUAGUCGUUAUUGGUACAGCGGAUGUACCAAAUCCUUAUCAGAAGUCUGCUGCCAUGCAUACAUGGCUCCUUGGAUAUGAAUUUCCUUCCACGUUAAUGCUCGUAGAAAAAGAGCGAGUUACCUUUCUAACAUCCAAUACGAAAGCAAGCAUGCUUGCUCAAUUGUUAGAAACAGACAACAAAGCUAUUGAUGUUAAUAUAUUAAAACGCACAAAGGAUCCCGCAGAAAAUCGUGCGUUGUUCGAUGAAAUCAUAAAAUACCUUCGCGCUACUAACAAAAAAGUCGGUAUUUUCCCCAAAGACAUUAACCAAGGAAAAUUUGUGAAUGAAUGGAAUGAAGUUUUUGAACCUGUCAAAUCCGAGUUUGAAAUGGUUGAUGCUAGUAUGGGUCUAGCCAAGGCUUUGGCUGUAAAAGAUGAACUCGAAAUAUCAAAUGUCAAGGAUGCCUCAAGGGUCAGUGUUGCUUCAAUGACAAAAUAUUUUGCUGAUGAACUGUCUACAUACGUUGAUCGAGGUGUGAAAACCACGCAUUCAAAGUUUGCCGAGCGUGUUGAGCGUUUGAUUGACAAUGAAUCCUUUUUCCAAAAGAAAGACGUCCGUCUAGGUGAUAUUGACACAGAACAGCUUGAAUGGUGCUAUACUCCCAUCAUUCAAUCUGGUGGCCAAUAUGAUUUGAAACCUUCUGCUAUAACAGACGAUCGAAAUUUACAUGGUGAUGUUGUUCUUUGCUCUUUGGGUAUCCGAUACAAAUCUUACUGUUCUAACAUUGGGCGUACCUACUUGUUUGAUCCCAGUCCUGAACAACAGAAAAAUUACUCUUUCCUUGUAGCCUUACAAAGGAAAUUAAUUGAGUAUUGCCGAGACGGUACUGUGAUUAAAGAUAUAUAUACCAAAAUUUUGGGCUUCAUCAGAUCGAAACGACCCGAGUUGGAAAGUCACUUCGUAAAAAAUUUGGGUGCUGGUAUCGGUAUCGAAUUUCGUGAAUCUUCGUUGCUUGUAAAUGCCAAAAACACCCGUACCUUAAAAGCUGGUAUGACAAUGAACCUUAGUAUAGGUUUUGCCAACUUGGUUAAUCCUAGACCCAAAAAUUCUCACCCUAGAGAAUAUUCUCUUUUGUUAGUUGACACUAUUCAAGUAACUCGAGGUGAUCCAGUGGUCUUUACAGAUUCUCCGAAAGCUCAAGCAGAUAUCUCAUACUUUUUUGGAGAUGAAGCCGAUGAUAUAGAGGAUGGUGCGAAGCAACGCAAGCCAUCAACUCGUGGAACAGCAACUGUUUCCAGCCACAAAGGAAAAACUCGAAGUGAGACCAGAGAAGUGGAUGAUUCUGUUGAAAAGCGUCGUGCUGAACAUCAAAAGCAGUUGGCUGCUAGAAAGCAGGCUGAAGGUCUUCAAAGAUUUGCUGAAGGCUCUACACAUACCACUGGAGUUGAGAAGCCAACGGUCAAGCGCUACGAAUCUUAUAAACGUGAUUCUCAAAUGCCACAAGCCAUUGGUGAAUUACGCAUUUUAGUGGAUUAUAGAGCUCAAAGUAUUAUUUUACCUAUCUUUGGCCGUCCCGUUCCUUUCCACAUUUCUUCUUUAAAAAAUGCUAGUAAAAACGAUGAAGGAAGCUUUGUUUACCUACGCUUAAACUUUCUCAGCCCUGGUCAAAUAGGUGGUAAAAAAGAUGAACUUCCAUUUGAAGAUCCUAAUGCUCAGUUUAUUAGAAGCUUCACUUUCAGGAGCUCUGAUAGUUCCCGUAUGAAUCAGAUUUUCAAAGACAUUCAAGAUAUGAAGAAGGCAGCUACUAAGCGUGAAGCUGAAAGAAAAGAAUUCGCCGAUGUUGUCGAGCAAGAAAAUCUUAUUGAAAUUAAAAAUCGUCGUCCUAUUCAUCUUAAUGAUGUUUAUGUGCGCCCUGCACUUGAUGGUAAACGGUUACCGGGUUUCGUGGAAAUUCACCAGAAUGGUAUACGUUAUCAAUCUCCACUUCGAUCAGAUAGUCAUAUUGAUUUACUGUUUUCAAAUAUGAAACAUUUAUUCUUCCAACCUUGUGAAGGUGAAUUGAUAGUUUUGGUCCAUAUUCAUUUGAAGGCUCCUAUUAUGGUAGGAAAGCGGAAAACGCAGGAUGUGCAAUUCUACAGAGAGGUGUCUGAUAUUCAGUUUGACGAAACAGGAAACAAAAAGAGGAAGUAUAUGUAUGGUGACGAAGAUGAAAUUGAACAAGAGCAAGAAGAACGACGCCGUCGUGCCCAGUUAGACCGAGAGUUUAAGACUUUUGGUGAAAGAAUCGCCGAAGCAAGUGAUGGUCGCGUUGAACUUGAUAUUCCAUUCCGUGAGCUUGCCUUUAGCGGUGUACCAUUCAGAUCUAAUGUAUUGUUACAACCAACGACAGAUUGUUUGGUUCAAUUGACUGAUACCCCAUUUACAGUUGUUACCCUAUCAGAAAUUGAAAUUGCUCACCUGGAACGUGUACAGUUUGGUUUAAAGAACUUUGAUUUAGUAUUCAUUUUCCAAGAUUUCCAUCGGCCUCCUGUUCAUAUAAAUACAAUUCCAAUGGAACAAUUGGAUAAUACAAAGGAAUGGUUAGAUUCUUGCGAUAUUUGUUUCAGCGAGGGACCCCUAAACUUGAACUGGACUACAAUUAUGAAGACAGUGAACGAGGAUCCUGUCGCCUUUUUCCAAGAAGGUGGAUGGGGAUUCCUUGGUACAGGAAGUGAUGAUGAAGCAGAGAACAGUGAUGAAGAAGUCUCUGAAUAUGAAGGGUCUGAUGUUGAACCCGAAGAAGAAGAAUCGGAGGAAGGAUCAGAAGAAUACAGCGAAGCAGCUAGUGAUGAAGAUUUUAGCGGAAGUGAAGUCGAAGAAGAAGAGGAGAGUGGUGAAGACUGGGAUGAACUUGAACGAAAAGCUCUCCAGGAAGAUGCAAAGCGUGAACAGAAUGGUGAUCAUCCUAUUAAAAAGAGAAGAUAAAAUGGUUAUCUGAUAGAUUUGUUAAUGUUUAGGUAUGUGUCAAUAUAUUUCUAUAUAGUACAUUGUAAACAAUUUUAGAUUUACAAGCAAAACUGAUACAACCAACAAGUAUAAGAACUAAGUGAAUUCAUUGAUUUAUCCAAAAC